AUGCGGGGGCGGGGGGAGGGAACGCACAGAAUACAGAUGUGGAUGUUCGUGAGAGGUCGUGUACUGUGUCGCACGUGCAGGUCUAGUAGUCGGGCAGGGUCUAGAGGACGGAGGGGGCGAGGGUGGGACGGUCGUCUAUGGGGAGGAGAGGAGAGAGGACGCGGGGGAGGAGACCAUCCCAGCCGGCGCUUGCCCCCACGGCCAGCUGAUCUCCCCUGCGCGCCGUCCCCUCGGCUCCCCUCCCGAGCCCCUUUCGGCCCCCCCGAUCAACCCCCGACGCCCCCGCCCGGCGCACGCAUACGCACCCUCACACUGCUAGUACGCGGCACGACGACCGGCGCACACGGCCGCCCGCCCUGCCCGCGCCCGCCGCGCGAACCACCGAACGCUCCCACCCCAUCCCCACCCCACCGCAUGACGCCCCCGCGUCACGGGGCCGACGGCGCUUGUAAACCCGCGUCGCGCGCCCCUUCAUACACACAACACAUACACUUCCUCGGUCCGACCCCGCGCGCGCGAAUAACCACGUACGUACUCGCACGCACGCACGCACGCACGCUCGCUCGCGAUCUUCGCGCUUCCCAUCCACCCGCGCGCCCGCACGCAAGCGAAUGA